GAGUAGUGGGCUACACGGCUAUAGGCCGACAUACCUCCAGUUUGUUUGGAAGUGGAAGCCAAUGUCGGGUGAGGGGCCUACUGUGACGGCUACCUUAGACUAUAGCCAUCGCAAUGAAGAGGUGAGAUUGAGGGUUGACGUUGAGGGGGGAAGAGAAAAGGAGAUGAGGGCUGAUCAGAGACUGCAGCUGGCGAUUACGGAGGCCAAGGACAGAGCCGAAAGGAGGUGCAGAAGGGAUGGGGUCACUGAUGAGCUAAAGGUGACCGUUUCUUACCUGGACGCGAGGACCUCGACGGACAUAGUGGAGCGUGAGCAGCUGCACCUGGACCGAGAUUCAGAGGCGGAAAGUGAGGUUAGUGACAGUGAGACUGACCUCCAGUCCUGGAACAGACCGGACCAGGUUCGUAAGAACCACCCUCAGGCGCGACCAGUUGAGGAGGGCCCAGAGGCCAGCUCCCGAGGGCGAGGCCAGUUUGCGGCAGAGAAGACCCGGAGGCUAAGGGGCAGUAGACACAUGGGGGAUGAGUGUGCGAGACGCAGACGACGGGGGAAAAAAGGAAAGGAGGGCACAUCGGGUCGGAAACGCCCGAGGUCGGUGCAGAAACAGCCUCAGCCGGGUGCUCUCGGGGCAAAGGGUCCCAUCGACAUCAACACCGCGUACUUCCUCGAAUGGAAAGACGACGUGUGGACAAAGCGGGAGUUCUUCAUUAGCCCAUCGCGGGUCGUCGAGAUCGGUGACUGGGAAGCGUCAUACAACCGACGGUCACUGGAUCCCGUGCACACGCAACUCAUCAUUGACACGAUGAUGAUGGUCUUCUCGCAAGCCAAGAAGACGUACGAGUUGCCUACCCUUAAGUUGGCACCACUAGGGUUGGAGAAACCGAAGCCGGGCGUGCGGGCAGAUCGUUUGAAGCCAGCGGACUGGAAGGACGACCUCGCAGGCCAAAACCAUUAUUACGUUAUUUUCGGCCAGCACAACGCGGCUGCAGCCAAGGUGCUACUCGGCACGAACGUCGCAUUGAGGUACAACUUCGAGAGGUGGCCUGCACGUAUGGUUUACUUCUCGGACGAGGAGUUCGAAGGGUAUUUUCUGGUCAGCUCGGGGGACAACAAGAAGGACUUGAAGGCGCCUCCUAGACAGAUGAAACUCUCAAUGAAGGACAUUCGGUGGCUGUGGAAGGAAAAGGGUUUCCUGAAGACUGUUAUGGGGAACCCCAGCGGAAAACAAGCUCAGGUGCAGAAAUGGCAUAAGUUCUGUGAGCAGGCGCUUCACAAAACGCCUUACUACCACUUGUAAGGGCGAGGACCAUAUUAAGAAGCAGAACGUUGCCCUUCACUC